AUGAGCUUAGAAUCAAUAAAAUAUGAGAGAGGUAAAUUGGAAGUAUUGGAUCAGCUGUUACUGCCACUCCAAACUCGAUAUAUAAAAGUGCAAGGUGUUGAAGACGGCUGGAAAGUUAUUAAUAAAAUGCAAGUGAGGGGAGCACCAGCAAUAGCCAUAGUUGGAUGCUUAUCUUUGGCUAUAGAGCUUAUGAAGGAUGACUGCUCCGACAAAAAAAUUAUGAGGCAAGAGAUUGAAGGAAAAUUAAACUAUCUGGUGUCGGCGCGACCGACAGCUGUUAACAUAAAAUUAGCCGGUGAUGAGCUUAUUAAUUUCGCAAAUAGUUUGUGUGCAGAUGAAAAUGUUACCGCUGAUGAUUUCAGAGAGAGGUUUAUAAGGAGUAUAGAAAAUAUGUUGAUAAAAGAUAUUGAGGACAACAAGGCUAUUGGCAAGUAUGGUUGUGAAGCUAUACUUAAAAACUUAGAGGGUGAUGGCCAUGUUAGAAUUCUAACACAUUGCAAUACUGGUUCUCUAGCCACGGCCGGAUAUGGGACUGCAUUAGGAGUUAUUAGAUCAUUGAAUGCUGCCAAAAAAUUAGAACAUGUAUACUGUACAGAAACCCGUCCAUACAAUCAAGGCGCAAGGCUGACUGCAUAUGAAUUAGUUCAUGAGAAAAUACCCGCAACGCUAGUUGUAGACAGCAUGGUAGCAGCACUCAUGCAUGCAAGGAAUAUUAGUGCAGUGGUUGUUGGAGCUGAUAGGGUUGCUGCCAAUGGUGAUACUGCAAAUAAAAUAGGAACAUACCAAAUAGCAAUAGUAGCAAAACACCACAAUGUGCCUUUUUAUGUAGCUGCUCCGCUGACAUCUAUAGACAUGUCAUUGAAAUCAGGAGACAGGAUCAAGAUAGAGGAACGGCCUGAUAGAGAAAUGACACAUAUUGGUGAACAUAGGAUCGCUGCUCCAGGUAUAAAUUGUUGGAAUCCCUCAUUCGAUGUGACGCCAGCUGCACUUAUAACAGGAAUUAUUACCGAGAAAGGUGUUUUCGCCCCGGAUAAAUUAUAUGAGGCAGUUCCCUAA